AUGGCAUUUUGCACCAAGGACGGAUCUACCGUGACGUGCGUUGUGCCCGUGGCCUUGCUGGCCUUGUCUGGGGCUGCGGAUGCGGCGUAUUCUAUCGACACAAGAGAUGAUAUCAUCACGACAGCCAGCACACUCGCAUACGAUCUAAUGAAAUUUUAUGAAGGAAAUAAGACGGGGCAAAUCCCCGGUAUCUUACCAGGACCGCCGGAUUCCGGCGUCGGCUAUUACUACUGGUGGCAGGGCGGCGCCAUGAUGGGAACAUAUGUCGACUACUGGUAUUACACUGGCGACGAAAGUUACAACCACGUCGUCACCGAAGGGAUGCUCCACCAAGUUGGCGAAGAUCGCGAUUACAUGCCACGAAACCACACAGCUUCACUCGGCAACGACGAUCAGGGAUUCUGGGGCAUGACGGCGAUGCUCGCAGCUGAGAAUAAGUUUCCCGAUCCCCCAGAGGACAAACCACAGUGGCUUGCGCUCGCACAAGCCGUAUGGACGACCCAGGCAGACCCGGAAAGACACGAUGAGACGUGCGGCGGCGGCAUGCGGUGGCAAGUUCCCCGGACCAACGUGGGAUACGACUACAAAAACACCAUUUCGAACGGGUGCUUUUUCAACAUUGGUGCUCGACUGGCCCGCUACACCGGUAACGAUACGUAUGCUCGCUACGCCGAGGAGACAUGGAACUGGCUUUGGGCGGUGAACUACAUUGAUCACGAGAACUGGCGAGUCUACGACGGUGGACAUGUUCCGGAGAACUGCACAAACAUCUUCAAGGCCACUUUUUCGUACAACAUUGGCGUUUUAAUGCAAGGCUGUGCCUUCAUGGCGAAUCAUGCAACCCUCGCGAACCGCGCCCUCGAAGACUUCUUCGCCGACGGCGCCGCCUACGAAAUCCCCUGCGAAUUCGAAACAGGCCGCUGCUCGCAGGAUAUGCUGAGCUUCAAGGGCUACCUCCACCGCUGGAUGACCGUCGUGACGCAGCUCGUGCCCUCGACCCGCGACCUCAUCCUGCCGGUCCUGCGCAACUCGUCCCUGUCGGCCAUCAAGCAGUGCACGGGCGGCGCCUCGGGUCGCGUGUGCGGAUUCUACUGGACGAGGGGCGAAUUCAUCGAUCCGGCCGUCGACAAGACGAGCGGCGCCGGCGAGGCGAUGAACGUGCUGGCCGCGGUGCAGAGCCUGCUGGAGGUCGACCCGCCUGCUACGAACAUCACCGGCGGCACGUCAAGGGGCGAUCCCAAUGCUGGCAUGAACUCGAAUCCGUUCAAGGAGUUUGAGCCCCUUACUACCGGCGACCGUGCGGGUGCCGGGAUCUUGACGUUUGUGGUUCUCUCAAGCGCCAUUGGUAUCUGGGUGUGGAUGUCGCUUGGGUACCAGGAAUGGACAGAAGGGGAGAAGGGUAAAGAGAAAGAUCGCCCGAUGGGCGCAAAGGUUGAUAAUUCGCUGGACAGUAUAGCGCUAGCGAAAGUGUCUAACCAGCAAGGCUAG